CCCCAUAACCCAAGACCCAUAUCCGCCCAUGUCAUAACCUCCUUUCCAUAGGCCUUGCAUCCGCCCUGGUGGAAGGGGAAGUUUACGGGAAGCACCUGAACCUUACACAACAUUAGCAGCACUCCAGCGGCUGAGAGGAGACGAGGAGAGAUGCAGACUAUAAAGUGUGUGGUGGUGGGUGACGGUGCGGUGGGAAAGACUUGUCUUCUCAUCUCUUACACCACCAACAAGUUUCCCUCUGAAUACGUCCCCACGGUUUUUGAUAACUAUGCAGUGACAGUGAUGAUCGGCGGGGAGCCGUACACUCUGGGACUGUUUGACACUGCAGGUCAGGAGGACUACGACAGGCUGCGACCCCUCAGCUACCCUCAGACCGACGUCUUCCUCGUCUGUUUCUCCGUCGUAUCGCCUUCCUCCUUUGAGAAUGUCAGAGAGAAGUGGGUGCCGGAGAUUUCACACCACUGCCCGCGGACGCCCUUCCUGCUGGUCGGGACUCAGAUGGAUCUGAGAGACGACAGCAACACUCUGGAGAAGCUGGCCAAGAACAAACAGCGAGCUCUGACCUGUGAGAGCGGAGAGAAACUGGCCCGCGAGCUGAAGGCCGUCAAAUAUGUGGAGUGUUCGGCUCUUACACAGAGGGGACUGAAGAACGUGUUUGAUGAGGCCAUCCUGGCAGCUCUGGAGCCUCCAGACAACAAACCCAAGAAGCGCUGCGUCCUGCUAUAGACGCCACAGAGGAGGAGGAGGAGGAAGAGGAGGAGGAGGAGGAGGAGGAGAUGAACCCAGAGGCAGGCAGCACUGAGAGGAGGGGGAGGGUGUGGAGGUGGACGAGGUAGACACAUGUUUAAACAGUGCCUUCAGCCGUAGUGGCUUAAUGUGGGUGUGGUGUUGUUGUUGGAAGAGACGGGCUCUCGACAGGCUUUAUUUUCACCAUGUCGAUUAUAAUAUGACUAACACGUGAAUAACACUCCUCACUAACCAGGUUUUAAUUAUAGGAGGAGGCUGGAUGUUGAGCAAUAGAGAGGGUUGCACCUCAGACGCCUUAAAGAUACAAACAGUGGAUGGAGUCACGGUUACAACCGCCCCUCUCAAAGUGAUGACAUUUAAGUUUAAGAGUUGUGUACAAUGUCUGAAAAGGAGUUGUUUGGUCAGUAUACACAGCUGUAGAUCGCGCUUUAUUGACAUUUAUGGUGAAGCUGGUUUGGAAAGACAUUUUCUUAGACAAACUUUUGACAUUGAGCUGACAGUUACGUUGUCACACUUACAUCUGAUAAAAAUGUGUCUGAAGUCACAGUAAGGUUAGAAAAAUGAUUCUUUAAAAUGUAAAAUAUAUAGGAAACACAAUCAGUGUCAUUUUAAUCUCUGUUUGGUCCAAAGCAGGUUGCAUUUGGAAAAUAAAGUCCAUUAAUAAAAAAACACAAUGCAGCAUUAAUGACCCCCUUUACACCUGCCAUUCAAAUGUGUUUUGGGUGAUCAGAUUGCACUCGGAAAGUACCGGUGUAAAUGCAACCAAAACGCACUGAGGACGUGUUGUGAUCCGAUCGGCCAAACCACCUCCGGAGGUUGUCAGGGAUGCAUUGUAACCAUAUUGAACACAAGUGUAAAUAAAAUUGUGUUUUCAAUCCACAUAUAAUAACUUUGUGAGUGGAAAUACGUAACGCUAGGGAGGUCCCGAGUACCAUUUUUUGGGCUCCCAAUCUCACAUUUAGCACCUUCUUAAAUAAACAAUUUGAUAGAUUUUCCCAUCUUUGCUGAGCAAGAGUUUUGUGCAAAAGGAAUUAAAGGUGCUAAAUGCGGGAUUGGAUGCGUUUCUAUUGCCUCUCAACAGCCCUCAACAUGGCGACGGCUGAGCCGGCGGCGCGCAGCUAAUGGUGCUAACGGUGAAAACAACAGCAAAACUGCUGACGGAGCUAACAGCGUUUACCUGAGGGAGAACUGGAAGGUGGGUGCUAUGCUUCUGUGACGAUUAUCAGCUGUAACCGCCGUGUGAGAGCAGUGCAGAGCGGCUUCCGUGAGCUAGCCAGUGGGGCACGCUCACAUGCACUAAAAGCACGCACGGCCGGCCCCGGUGAUGUCAACAAAGGAGCUCUGAUUACAACACACACACACACACAGAGGGAGAGAGACUUCAUUCUCUGCUCAGGUAGAGUUUUAGGUUUUUAGGUUGUAGCUCAGUUUUAAAGCUAGAGCGAGCCCCUAAACGGCAGCAUUUACAGGCUGAUGUGUCCGUGCAUUACGCACCGCCUCUACGGCAGCGCCCGGCGGCAAACCCAUGUGUAAAGCAGCCUUCCUUUCAGACAGAACGAUCGGAUCUCAAUGUAGACUGUGGAGACACAUAUUAAUACCAGGUGUAAUACAAUCUGGAUACGAGAUGCAAUUUGAAUGCAACGUGUAGAGGGGGUCAGUGAUAUUUUUUACCGGCCACCAGUCUGAUUAAAACAAGGAGAAGAUAAAAAUAAAGACAUUCCACGAGCAAAACUACAAAACUACUGCUGUUUUUGAUUUAAAGAGAUGUAAAAUCGUGACCCAUCAGUCAUGUUUACUGGUGGACUUUGAGAGAGUAACUGUAACCUGACUUCAUCCAUACCAGUGGAAAGAGAUUCAGAGUCGGCUAAUUAGAGUUUCAGCAGCAGCUUCACUGGCUUCUUCUGCUUUGCACUCUAAAAGACAAUAUGCACACAUGUACACACAUGUACACAUGUACGCCAACAUGCAUACUUGCAAUAAUUUAAACGACAAAAGCGAUGAUGGAGAAACUUGACAUCAUCGCCAUCAUGUGAAAACGAUGACGCGAGACAAAGCGGUCAAACUGUUUCCUCGAGCCGUCUGGCAAAAUGACAAACGAGGAAUAAUCACCACAUUUGUAGUCACAAGGUUUCAACCUGACAACAGAAAUGUGCACGUAUAAUGAUAAGCCGUAUUCUCAUUAUGACCUCUUCUUCACAAAAAAGUCCUUUCUCUGCCAUCACGCUGCCUUUUCUCUCUCCUGCCGUCUCACUGUGGACAUCCUGGACACUUAAACUGCACCGUCAGCGGACAUUCAUUACGUUUGGCUGUAUCUGAAAACUCUUCAAAUCUGCAUACAACCUAAUAUAAAGUAUUUUUCUCAUUUU